AUGACGUCCAUGAGCGACGAUGACUGGGGUGAACUGCCCGAGAACGGCCUGAUUCUGCAAGGAGAUAUCGAUAUUGGAGAUGAGGACGACCAAGAUCAAGAAGAUCAAAAUCAAGAAGGAGAAUCAGAAAUCAAUUGGGACGAAUGGCCUGAACAGGAGGACGAGCCGGCACAAGAAAGUGUAUUGGAGACAUCUACAGUUUAUAAUAGACAGGCUGUAUUCAUUCCCUCUUCUUCAUCUGUGGUGGAUACAUCUGAGCACCUUGAGGACGACUUUGAUCUCCCAGACAAUCUCCAACUCAACUUGGCAACUGCAAAGGACGAUCUAUCCAAUGAUACUAGUAAUGCCUUCCCCAUAUCAAAUAUCACAUCGUAUAAAUCACAAGUUGUCGCUGCAGGUCCAGCACAUGUCGACGAUGACAGCGGAAAUGAUCUCAAACUCGGCAAGGCUGAUGGAGCCAAUACUGCUAGUGAAGCCCUCUCUAUAUCAGAUAUUGCCCCGUAUAAAUCAGACCACGCCGCUGUAGAUGUACAUAUAAAUCCUGUCACGCCAAAAGGUAAACAUCAACUACCACUAAAUUCAGCCAAUCCAGAACGCAGGCUCCCAGACCCCAUCUCUCCUGAACGGAAACUCUCAGAUGUAGUCACUCCAGAACGCAAACUCCCGUUACUACAAGCAGCUGACGGCUUGACCUUUGAUGACUGGUCUGAUGCUAUAGGUGACGAUGAACCCAAUCCUAUCCCAUCAGUAGUAUCCACUCCCACGCGAUCCAAUGCCUCGCUACCACAUCAUCUUCGAUAUCCACGCAUGAUGGCUGAUAGUCCAACACCAUCUUCCGCUACUAGUGCCAGAGCAUCUGAAAGUGAAGACGAGGGUUACGACGACGUAGAGUUCCCAGAGUCUUUUGAUCCAUCUCGAGCAUUGGCUCUAGCUGUGCGAAGCACCAGCCAAGGCAACAACGAUAAACAUAUACACGGUCUCGGGCUCAAUAACGAAGUUGACGAGGACACAGAUGAUCCAGAAGCUGAUCUAAUUAUACCUGAUGAUGCCGCUUUAGUCACAUCACCCGUAAAAUCAGCAUUCCCUCCUAUGCAGUUUAUCAUUCCCACUCCAGAUGAAGGCGCUAUAGUCACCUCACCCAUAAAACUAGCUCUCACUCCCAUAGAGUUGCCUGUGACCGAUCUAGACGUUGCAGUCAUCUCACCUGUAAAAUCAACCUUCACCCCCAUCCAAUUGCCCAUGCCAGGUAGGAAUCGAGACGCAGGACCCAUACCACGACGUGUACCAACUAUCAUAGCUACCAAACCCCAAACUCCCACGUCCGCUGGUGCCUCGAGAACCAUAUCCACUUCAAUCGAAUCACCCACCACCGCAUCACCAUCAAUGGGUAUUUUCCAGCGAUUUUCGUCGGUGGCUAUUCGGAAACAGGGAGGUGCAUCCACCACUCAAGAGCCAAAGCUAUUGACGCGACCAAAAGGAGCUAGAGUAUCCUAUGGUAACGGCACAGAACUGGACGGCAUGCCAGAUUUACGAGAGUCAUCUACUACUUCUCGGACAGUACCGCUAGCAAAAUAUUCAAAGAGUGUUCCUCGAGCUCCAGUAUCGGGUAAUUCAGCUGCUACAUCAUCGGGUACACUUAGUAAGAGAACCGUCCGGCGCCAAACCCCACCAACUUCUUCCAUUCGACAAACCGCCGGUGUCUUCAAUACAGCAUCCACGAUACUAUCCAGAACCCCAGUGAAUACAACAGCUGUACCUCCGCGACCACAACCUCAACAAACCUCACCCAAAAAGAAGUCAUUGAAGAAACGAACGAAUGCACCCAAAUUGAUUCAAAGUAUGGAAUCUGCUGCACCCACUACAACCAAAGGCUUACAAGGAAUGGUCUACAAUGCAGCCUUGCAAAAAUGGGAAGGAAAUGAGGAAGCCAUCAAGGCCUUCGAUCAAAUAGUAACUGACAGAGUCAAACCACCCUUGAUUACAAAUAUUGGUGGUCACAAGUCAGCUCAAAGAGUUGGAGGAAUGAGAUACGAUCCACACAACCAGACUUGGAACGGAAAUGAUGACAUUGACCCAUUCGCAGAUAUUGCCGAUCUAUGUUCGGCUGAUAUAGUAAAUCGAUCUGUUGCUCCUUCAGCUGAAAGCAUUGUGCAAGAUAUGCCCGAGUAUGCAACCGAAUUUGACAUUCCAAAGUCGCUUUUGAGCCAACUGCACAGGGCUGAGAUAAGUCACAAGCUGUUUAUCGGCCAAUAUUAUCCCAAGGCUAUGCAUGAGAAUAGAGUCAGGACGGAUACGUCAAAGACGCACUUAUAUGAAUUGUGGAGAUAA